CGGUAGGUGUGGCCGGGGACGCUCCGGUUUCGGAGUCUUUGCAAGUAGUUGAGGGUGUCGUGUGAAACGGCGAAGUGGCGGCGAGUGGGCAUUUCCAGCGUCUGCCCCCAUGUGCGGAUGUGGAGACUGGCCGCGGAGGCCCAGAUUUUCUCUUCUUUGUGUGCUGCUGUUUCAUCUAAGCUUGAUAAGCUGAUUUCGGAGGAUCAGGUACACUAAAGGGAGUCAGUGGUACAGGACACUGUUUGGAGAAAUACUUAUUACUUUAAAAUUUCUGACCGUCCUGCUCCAGCCUACCUGCCAUGGGCUGCCGGGAUGUCCACGCAGCCACUGUCCUCUCUUUCCUGUGUGGCAUUGCCUCUGUGGCUGGCCUCUUCGCGGGGACUCUGCUUCCCAACUGGAGGAAGCUGCGACUGAUCACGUUCAACAGGAACGAGAAGAACCUGACUAUUUACACAGGCCUGUGGGUGAAGUGUGCCCGGUACGAUGGGAGCAGUGACUGCCUGAUGUACGACCGUACUUGGUACUUAUCAGUUGACCAGCUGGACUUGCGUGUCCUCCAGUUUGCCCUGCCGCUUAGCAUCCUGAUCGCAAUGGGUGCCUUGCUCCUCUGCCUGAUUGGAAUGUGUAACACAGCCUUCAAGUCCUCGGUGCCUAACAUCAAACUGGCCAAGUGUCUAGUCAAUAGUGCAGGCUGCCAUCUGGUGGCUGGACUCCUCUUUUUCCUGGCAGGCACUGUGAGCCUCUCUCCAUCCAUCUGGGCCAUCUUUUAUAACACUCAUCUCAACAGGAAGUUUGAGCCGGUCUUUACCUUUGACUAUGCAGUGUUCGUCACUAUUGCUAGCUCAGGGGGCCUGUUUAUGACUGCUCUUCUUCUGUUCAUUUGGUACUGUGCAUGCAAGUCGUUGUCCUCUCCUUUCUGGCAGCCACUGUACUCUCAUCCUCCCAGUAUGCACACUUACUCACAGCCCUAUUCAUCACGUUCCCGCCUCUCCGCCAUUGAAAUCGACAUUCCGGUAGUUUCACAUAGCACUUAGCAGAGAUAUAAUUAAUUGUUAAAAGUGCGUAUUGUAGCCUCACAAUCCCCUGCGUGAAGAGCCUUUUUGGACCUGUAUACAUUUUUUCCAUUGUUCUAGUCAGUGGAGCCAAAUUUGUCUAUCUUGGUAGAAUGAAAUGCUGCUAGAUUUCAUGAGGUAUAUAUUACAUUCUUCUAAUGUGAAACAUUCCUUUUCUUCUGAUACUAGAAGGGUCUUUAGCCUCCUUGUUGAUGUCUGAUCAAAUUCAUGAAAGGACUUGUGAUAGCAGGUGAGGCCAUGAAAGCAGCAUGGUAAGGAGCAGUGCUGUUGUGCUUAGUCCUUACCAAUUUUUAGAUCCUUUAUUGUCUCUGAUGACUUAAACUGAAAAGAGCAGUUUCAAUACAAGGAAUUUCAGUCAGAUAAGGAUUGCAGUUUGUUUCCAGAACUCUGCCAGCUUGCGGGUAUAAUUUUGUUCUCUCGGGACUAAUUGAGUAGGCGUCAGUACACUGAAGAUUACUACUAUCUUCUACCUCAUUUCAGUGAAAAGUAAAAUGCAUUUUAAAUGUCAGGGUGAGGCCAAUAUUUAAAUAUGGUGAACAUUUAGCUGCUUUUUUGGUUUUCAGAUGGUUCUUGCUAUGUAUCCUUAGCUGGCCUAGAUUUCACUCUGUAGACCAGGCUGCCCUCAAACUUCCCACCAUUCUCCUGUCUGCAUCCUGAGCCCUGAUUACAGGCAUGCCCAACUACAUCUAGCGCACCAUAAUUUUCAGUUACUGAUUAUAUUGUUGGAGUUAAAAUGUGCCAAGUGACCGGUUGUGGCUUCAUCUGAAGCAAGAAACCCUUUCCAAAUACCCAUCAAUCAGGUAGUACUCAUACCCUGUACAAGCGAGUGGCUAAGACAAAUGAGUAAAAGGUUGUUGAAGCCAAACGCUUGCCUUUUAGACCUAAGUGGUAGGGUACAGGAGCCUGUUCUCAGUGACAGCAUAAAAGAUUCAGUUGGUGGCUACUGUUUCAGUAAUGCAUGAUGUAAAUGGUAGUAGCUUGACUGUUCACUUUCAGCUUCAUCACUGGCUACUUGUCCAUUAGCGUUUUGCUCUGCCUAACACUUGAGUAAGUACUUUAGAGGAUAGGAUACACAAAAAGGAAGAUGUAGCUACAACUGUGUAGAAAUUUUGAUCUUAUACAGAUCAAACUUAUAACUGACAACCAGCAAAAAGCUUGUCUUUACUGGCAGCUGGUGAACUUCUCAAGCAUUGAUCCAGGAAACAAUUUAGAUGAGCCAUGUCUCCCUGGCACAGACAGCAGCACUAUCCUGGACGCUAGAAAUCUACUUAAGUUAGGUCUCCUCAUAGCUUCCAAGCUGUAAUAACAGUUUCAGAUAAUGAGAAUGGGCUAGAUAGUAGAGAGAUUAAAUUGUACCCUUUCUACCUCUGAAAUUAAGAUGAUACACUAAAGACAAGUUUUAAAAAUGUCUCCUGAUGUGAUAUCAAAUGGACAAAACCAUGUUAAUACUAAAGUAACACUUGGACAUUGAGAGUUGUUGGGUCUUAACUCCUAGGGGUUUGAGCUGCUCAUUAAUUGGUAUAAUUUCUAUCCACUAGCAUUAUGUUUGUAAGGAUUGUGGUAUAUUAUAGUUAUAGAUUUUUACAAGCGGCUGAAUUUAUGAAAAACAGUUCAUGAUGCCUCUUUUGCAAAUCCGAGUAUUUCUGUAGAGAUAAGUCCAACACUAUGUAGGCAAAUAAAUCCGAUUGUAUAAUUUUUAAAUGCUGUCAGUACAAAGCAUGCACAUCUAUGGUUUUUAAAUUAUAGCUUCUAAUCGUUUUUUCACCUCUGAUUCCUCUCAUUCAUAGAUAGAGCUGAGUGUUGAUCAUUCCAGGACAGUGGCAGCUGGAAUUUUGAGAUUGCUGGUAGUUUUUCUCCUUUGUUAGUUAAUCUUAGUUUUUCUCUCACUAAACUUUUGUUCAAAAGGAUCAAGAAUUCCACCAUCCCUUGGUCUUAGUAUAAAGAGAGUUAAAAGUAGGGCCAGGCAUGGUGGCUUUUGACGUUAAUCCCAGUACUCAGGAGGCAGGGACAGGUGCAUCUCUCUGGACAUCCUGGUCUCCAUAGCAAGUUUGAAGACAGUCUGAGCUACACGGUGAGACCCUGUCUCAAAAAAAUUAAAAAGAGAAAAAGAAAGCAGGUAAGUGGACUCAGCAAUGAGAUACUAAACAGUUUGCAGCUCACCGGGUUGUAACUACAAACGUUAAGCUUUCUUAUGAGAGACUUUUGGCAUCUUCAUGUAGCCUCCAAUUAAUAUUUAUUAUGAAUCCACUCAGGAAGAGAAACAGCUGUUUCUGUAUUAUCUUUUUAGUGUUCCAGAUUUGGCAUAAAUAGCUAUUUUUUAAAGCCAUCAAAGGAAAGCAUGCAUUUACAAUCCUUCUGAGUCACCAGAGCACUCCUGGGGCUAUUAUUGAAAUGGGGUGGAUAACUUCUUUUGUUGUUUAAAAGCUGUUAAUUUUAAAGGCCUAAGGAGCCAGCUUGGCAGACAACCUCAAAUGUGAGAUAGUACACUGGGUUUGUGUCAUCCAGCUUCAGAAAAGAAUAAAUUCACUCUGCUUGUAUAUAUGCCCUAUGAUGGAUAGUAUGUGCUGUAAAACACAAGGUAAAAUCCUCAGUGGGUGUGGUGUACUGCCUCGUGUUUAUUAAAAGAUGUAUUUUUACAA